CUACUUUCCGAUUACGCGCUCAAUUGGAUUUGUUAUGGCGGUUCAAGAAUCUAACGUUGCUGUAGACGAUCAAGUUGAUGACGAGAACUGCGGCCCACUAUUAAUACAGAAGCUUGAAUCUGCUGGAAUUGCUGCAGCUGAUAUCAAAAAACUCCGAGAAGCAGGCUAUCACACUGUUGAGAGCAUCCAGUUUGUUCCGAAAAAGACUCUGCUGGCAGUAAAAGGCAUUAGCGAAGCUAAGGCGGAUAAAAUUAUAGAAGCUGCACAAAAGUUAGUGCCAUUCGGAUUUACAACUGCUACCGAAUUUCACCAAAAGCGAUCAGAAAUUAUUCAGCUGACUACUGGUUCCAAGGAGUUGGACAAACUCUUACAAGGUGGAAUCGAAACUGGAUCAAUUACUGAAUUAUUUGGGGAAUUUCGGACGGGCAAAACUCAGAUAUGUCAUACUUUAGCUGUAACUUGUCAGUUGCCUAUUGAUAUGGGCGGUGGUGAAGGGAAAUGUUUGUACAUUGAUACAGAGGGUACUUUCCGUCCUGAACGUUUGUUGGCGGUCGCUGAGCGAUAUGGUCUUUCUGGCAGUGAUGUUCUAGACAAUGUUGCAUAUGCUCGAGCCUACAAUACGGAUCACCAGAUGGAAUUACUUAUUAACGCCGCAGCAAUGAUGAGCGAAUCAAGAUAUGCAUUAUUGGUUGUUGACAGUGCAACAGCACUUUAUCGUACUGAUUAUUCCGGUCGUGGAGAAUUAUCAGCUAGACAAAUGCAUUUGGCUAGAUUUCUGCGUACAUUACUACGCUUAGCAGAUGAAUUUGGUGUGGCUGUAGUAAUUACUAAUCAAGUCGUUGCACAAGUUGAUGGGGCUGCUAUGUUCUCCGCUGAUCCUAAAAAGCCUAUCGGUGGAAAUAUAAUGGGUCAUGCAUCAACUACUCGAUUAUACCUUCGAAAAGGUCGUGGUGAGACUAGAAUUUGUAAAAUAUACGACAGCCCUUGUCUUCCAGAAGCUGAAGCCAUGUAUGCUAUUCUUCCAGAUGGUAUAGGUGAUGCGAAGGAUUAGGCUAAAAAGAAUUUCAUAAGGAAAAGCUUUUAAACAUACUCACUAACUGCAAAAGUUGUGUUUGAGUUUUUUAUUUUCUGCAUUUUUUCUUUUUGACAAUUCAUUACAAUUUUGAGAAUUGUGAAUAUUUAUGCACACAUAUAAGCAAUAGAGUUUUUUUUCAGUUGACAUUUUUGUUACCUUGAUAAUGUCAAGACAUUUUUAUACAAUAGUUUACUUUUGUUAUUU